GUGGCGGGCAGCGCGCCCCUCGCCUCUCCAUGGGGUGCGUGCCGCCACCGGCACCCUGCCUGCCUCCACGGGCAGGGCUGCAGCCCCCGCAUGGCCGGGGACGGACCCCCUGCUGCAUCCCCGCCGGGAGCCCCGGGACAGGACGCAGCCCCCGUCAGGCCCCCCGGCACCAUGACCCACACGGACGGCACGCGGGGCAGCUCCCAGCCGCCGGUGCUCGCGGCCCACGAGCUGGAGUGCCAGAUCUGCUACAGCCGCUACGACGCCCGUGCCCGCAGACCCAAGCUGCUCCGCUGCGGCCACCGCCUCUGCGCCAGGUGCCUGCGCAAGAUGGUGGCGCUGGGGGACGCGUCGCCCCGCCGGCUCUGCUGCCCCUUCUGCCGCCGGCAGAGCCCGGUGCCCGGCGGGGACGCGCAGUGGCUGCAGGACGACAGCGAGGGGUUGGUGUGCCGUGAGCGGGCCCAGAAGCGGGGCCCCCCCGCAACCCCCGAGGUCCUGCUCUGCCCCAGCGUGCUGGAGCCCCUGGCGGAGCCCUCGCCCAGCUCCGACUGCCUGGUUGUCACCAUCCUGGAGGUGCCUGAGGACGUGGUGCCGCCUGAGGGGCUGGGUGGGCUGGAUGUGGUGCAGCUCUACCGCCCCAGCAGCCCGGUCGUGCUGCCAAGCCGCGGCCCCGCGCCCAAGGGCCGCUCGUGGACGUGGCGAGCCGCCCCCCGCUGCCUGCUGGGCACGCUCUGCCUCCUCUACUGCAGCUCCCUGCCCUUCGGCAUCUACCUCCUGCUCACUGAGCACCACAGCCUGGGCGCUGCGCUGGUCAGCCUCCUGCCCGCCUCCCUCCUCCUCUGCAUCUCCUACAGCCUCUGCCAGUGCCUGUGCCGGGAGGUUUUUGCCUUCCCCUCGUCCUGACCCUGUGGGGCCGGGCCCCGUGGCCGGGCCAAGGAGGCUUGGGGCACCUUGGAGCAUCGUCCCUCGGCAUGGGUGCUGCCGCCCCGCAGCUGCCAAGAGAUGGGUGCUGAGCCACAGUGUGGAGGUGUGCCUGGCCCCAGGGCCAGCGGGAGAUGCC